AUGGCGGACAACCCGGACCCCGGGGAUCCCGGGGGCCGGGUGGGGGGCGGCCUUGACAGCGACGUGACGGGAGCCUUCGGGGGUGAAGGGGGGGUAAGCACAGUAGCAGCUGGUGGGUCGCUCCACCUAUUGACCGGUCACAAAAGACGGGGGGGGGCUGAGAGUGCGCUCCAGAGCCCACGCAUUCGUCGCCUCCACCACGAAGACCUUCUGUGCCUCUUUGGCAAACCAGCCAAGAGACAGUGUUGUGAAGCAGGCCGUUCGAUUUCAGUACUGACAUGCGGCCAACCUCUCGAAGACCCUCCCAACACCGGGUCUGACGGCGAUUACCCUGUACCUUCGGCCAUCAUCGGAGAAAGGGGGGGAGCAACAACCGAAAAGGGUCCAGUCGACGAGGCGGCGGUUGUACCACGGGUGGCAUCGGAGGUAGCGAGGGCAGCCUGGGAGGAACACCGUAGGCGCUUGCAACAACAGCAUGACACUCGCAGACGCUGCCUACCUGUGAGGGCAAUGUUGCACGGCGCCGGCUCGGCCGACGCCGCAAUUCCCCCGGUCGUGCCACGUCUCGCAUGGCGGCAGGAGCGGAGGCGCCGGAGUGCGGCGGGGAAAGACAGGCAGCAGGAGCCACUAGUGGGGGGUCAGCGUGACCCGCAGGUGGGCGGGCAGCAGGGGGCCCGGGAGAGGAGCCGGCAGCUGCCGGUGGGGACGGGGCAGCAGGAGCUGCAGAGCGGAGGGCAGCAGGAGCUGCAGAGCGGGGGGCAGCAGCAGCUGCAGAGCGGAGGGCAGCAGGAGCUGCAGAGCGGAGGGCAGCAGCAGCUGCAGAGCGGAGGGCAGCAGCAGCUGCAGAGCGGAGGGCAGCAGCAGCUGCAGAGCGGAGGGCAGCAGGAGCUGCAGAGCGGAGGGCAGCAGGAGCUGCAGAGCGGAGGGCAGCAGCAGCUGCAGAGCGGAGGGCAGCAGGAGCUGCAGAGCAAAGGGCAGCAGGAGCUGCAAAGCGGAGGGCAGCAGCAGCUGCAGAGCGGAGGGCAGCAGGAGCUGCUGAGCGGAGGGCAGCAGGAGCUGCAGAGCGGAGGGCAGAGGCAGCUGCAGAGCGGAGGGCAGCAGCAGCUGCAGAGCGGAGGGCAGCAGGAGCUGCAGAGCGGAGGGCAGCAGGAGCUACAGAGCGGAGGGCAGCAGCAGCUGCAGAGCGGAGGGCAGCAGCAGCUGCAGGGCGGAGGGCAGCAGGAGCUGCAGAGCGGAGGGCAGCAGGAGCUGCAGAGCGGAGGGCAGCAGGAGCCGCAGGAGCUGCAGAGCGGAGGGCAGCAGCAGCUGCAGAGCGGAGGGCAGCAGCAGCUGCAGAGCGGAGGGCAGAAGCAGCUGCCGAGCGGAGGGCAGCGGGAGCUGCAGAGCGGAGGGCAGCAGCAGCUGCAGAGCGGAGGGCAGCAAGAGCCGCGGCAGCUGCCGAGUGGAGGGCAGCGGCAGCUGCAGAGCGGAGGGCAGCAGGAGCUGCAGAGCGAAGGGCAGCAGGAGCUGCAGAGCGGAGGGCAGCAGCAGCUGCAGAGCGGAGGGCAACAGCAGCUGCAGAGCGGAGGGCAGCAGCAGCUGCCGAGCGGAGGGCAGCGGGAGCUACAGAGCGGAGGGCAGCAGCAGCUGCAGAGCGGAGGGCAGCAAGAGCCGGGAGCGGUUGGAGAAGUUUUGGGUCGGGGAGUGGCGGGAGCUGUUUGA